CAGGCGACUAUGCUCGCCUUGGAGGACAUGUGACUGUGACCUGGGCGAUGUCUCCCAUCAAGGAGUUCAUCGUAAAGAAAGAUUACAGGGUAAUGUUUCAGAUAACUGGCAACAAUAAAGUGACAAUUACUGAUAAGGAACUGAGAACCAGGAUUAAUGUCAACACAGUGUCCUACACACGUGGAACCUUCAGUUUCCAUCUGUAUAACGUGACCUCCUCUGACGCUGGUCAGUACAGCUGUUACGUAGACUCGCCAUUUCCUCCUUAUAGACGAGUCAGAAAAGCAAACUGUGGACAAACACUUCACGUUGUAGAUUUUCAAGACCACUUCAUUCUAUUUCAACGGGAACAUAACGGAACUGUGAACCUAGCAUGCAACUAUAGAAUAAGCAUCCACCCUGAUAGCUACCAAACUGUGUUUGUCGAGUGGAGAGAGAACGAUGCCAGGCUGUAUGGUGGCGAGAGGAACCACAUGGCAUCUUCUGAGUCGUGGAAUCGUGUGUAUGAUGGGAGCCAGAUAAACCUCACCAGUACGUUGAUCAUCUGUGAUGGCUGGCAGGAAAACUACAGAUACAAGUGUCGGAUUGGAGUCGAGAAGAUUCAUUCUGAGUGGAGUGAAGAAAUUUCCCCUAUACGAUGGUCUGAUGACAAUAAGAACUACACGGUGGUGCCAGAAGGAGAUGAUGCCAUGAUGACGUGGAAGAUGCCCUCAAUGGACAGCAGGUCCUACAUCACGUCUCCCUCGGGUCCACAUCUGAUGUGGAAGCUGUCUGAUAGAUGGAAUGUGGGGGACACUUACAUCUCUCGACUGGAGAUCAGGGGAACUCGUCCUUCAUCUGAAUCUGUCAUUGUACGUUUACUGCUUCAUAAUAUCACCGGAAGUGAUGCAGGGGAAUACCUCUGUGUCAGCGGACACCACCACGUUCCCCAGUGUGGACACACUCUCGUUCUUUCCCGAUCACCGGAACAACCAAACAUCACCACCAACAGGAUCCAUCUGAAUCAGGAAGCAACGUUGACAUGCUCCUCCACGUCCCGAAGUCUUCCCCAGGACCACAACCUGGCCAUGACCUACAGCUGGAGGAGAGACAACACGAGCCUGCUGGGUGGAGGAAAGUAUCAGAUGUCAGGCCCCAACUUGACAAUAGCUGAUGUCAAAGAAGAAGACACAGGAAAGUAUUCAUGCCAGAGCACUGAACACGGUGGACAGGUGUCAGGAUGGAGCAGCGAGUUUGUCCUCACUGCGAAACAAAAUAUUCCAUUUCCGACCAUACCUGCCAUUAGUUUUAUCAUUGGCUGUUCAUUAGAGGUUAUCAUCCUGCUUGCAAUUGCUGCUGUCGUUCUUCAUAGCCGGAAGGCUAACAGAGAUAACUGUAAUCAAAGGUUUCGUGACUAUUAUAUAACGGCUACAGACAACACAAGUACAACCCUCCACCAAGUGACUGAUCGAGACAAUGAUGUUAUUGAGGAUACGUAUAUGCCACAUCGACACCCAGCUGUUCCAGGUAGCAAGGACUGCCAAGACGCUUCAUGUGUAGCUCCAAUCAUGCACCAUAUGCCAGCCCGAGACAUCACCUAUCCUGAUUAUGAUGUCGUUGAUGAUACGACAUCUGGAGGACAGAAGGUAGAUGAUACCAGAAGCUCCGGAUGUCAAGAAGUCAGGUUGACAAAUCCCACAUUGGAGCAUCCAGCAUAUCCUGAUUGCAAUGUCGUUGAUGAUAUGACAGCUGCAGGACAGAAGGUAGAUGGUACCUGUAGUUCCGGAUAUGACGAAAUCAGGUUGACAACUCCCACCUUGGAGCAUGAAACAAGCACGGAGCAAUACCAAGGAGAUAUGGAUUAUUCUGAAUUAGAAACUGGUGCGGAAUCAGAGUGCAGAGUGGAUAGAGGGAAUCGGAGAAACAAUAUUUAUGAAGAGUAACAACCGGACUCUGUAUGACCUUGAAAUAGUCUUGGUGCAAAAGUAAUUCUGUUGCUUUCACUCGAGAAACAGUUUGGCACUGUUUGGCACCUCCUUCCGAUGACCGUGACUGGGGUUAGCCCCACAAUAUGCUGCACACAACCAGACACAGCGCUGAGAAUAGCAUCUGACGUGAUAUUGUGAAACAGUUUCCAGAUUCAGUCAAAGAGGAGGGAGAUUCACUUGUACGGAAAGGGGUGUCAAAUGAAUGUUGAUGUAUAUCUAGGGAAAGUAUUAUCAGAGAUACGGAGAUAUCAGUGAUGCGAUGGCGAAACAACCAGACACGAUGGACAUGUUUGAAUGAAGCAAGAUUUUCGUCUGGAAGAUGCUAACACAGUUGCUGAAAGUAAACCUGAAUAAUGAAAUAUGAAGGUUUCCUUCACAAGGACAGAGCGACGACCACUGAAUUUAUAGUGAAAACCAAAUAGUUAGUUAUCUAUUUCUUACUUGAUAUGCAAGACACUUUGGCAUGAACACAUUCUCCUCAACAACCAACUUCCGAAAAUUUACAUGAAGUUCUCGUUUUGAAAUUUGGUUCUUUGGGGAAAUACGACGGAGAAUGGCCAGAAAGGAAAAUGUUAUCGCAUAAUA